AAACGAAGGGCUUAACGCGCGGAGAAGAAACGAACAAAAGAAGCAAGUGAGCGGAGCGAGUGGAGAGGAUAUCAGAUUCAAAAUCCAAAUCAAAAUCCAGAUGAGUUGAGUUGGCGAGUGAGCGAGUGCACUGAAACCCUAAUUCGCCCCCCACUCGCUUCUUUCUCACUCGCUCUGAUCUCUCUUCAGGUAGCAUUGUGAAUAAUGAUGUGCUCCAUAGAGCGGGAAUGGUUAAUGGAAAUAAAGUUGAAAUAGUUACCUGUGGGAAGUGAUAAUGUUACGGAGGAAUCAAAACGUGGUACAGGAUAUGGUGGGUGGUGGUAGGAGUAAUACACUUGGUGUUGGUGUGAAUGAAAGUAUGGUUGAUGUUGUGGAUGAAACACAUGGGAGAGAUCUUGCGGUUGAAUCACUUAAAAUGCCUGUUGUGGGGUUUGAAGGGGAAACGGAUCUUGAGCCACGGAAUGGGAUUGAGUUUGAAUCGCAUGAAGCAGCCUACUCGUUUUAUCAGGAUUAUGCCAAGUCUAUGGGAUUUACUACAUCGAUAAAGAAUAGUAGGCGUUCGAAGAAGUCGAAAGAAUUUAUUGAUGCCAAAUUUGCAUGUUCAAGAUAUGGGGUCACACCAGAAUCAGAUAGUGGUAGUAGUCGACGAUCAAGUGUUAAGAAGACAGAUUGCAAAGCCAGUAUGCAUGUGAAGAGAAGGACUGAUGGGAAGUGGAUUAUUCAUGAAUUUAUCAAGGAGCACAAUCACGAGCUUUUGCCUGCCUUAGCAUAUCAUUUUCGAAUUCAAAGGAAUGUAAAAUUAGCUGAGAAGAAUAAUAUAGACAUUUUGCAUGCUGUUAGUGAACGGACAAGAAAGAUAUAUGUUGAGAUGUCUAGACAAUCUGGUAGGCAUCCCAAUGCAGGGUUCCCAAGUCACAUCGAUAAUCAAUUUGAGAAAGGCCGGUACUUGUCUUUGGAUGAGGGAGAUGCUCAAGUUUUGCUUGAGUAUUUUAAGCGUAUCAAGAAGGAGAAUCCCAAGUUUUUCUAUGCAAUAGAUUUGAAUGAAGAGCAACGCCUGAGAAAUUUGUUCUGGGUUGAUGCAAAAAGUAGGAAUGAUUAUAUCUAUUUCAAUGAUGUUGUUUCUUUUGAUACCUUUUAUGUGAAUAACAAUGACAAAUUGCCCUUUGCUCCAUUUGUUGGAGUGAAUCAUCACUGUCAGUCGAUGUUGCUUGGAUGUGCAUUCAUUGCUGAUGAGAGCAGAUCUACCCUUGUUUGGUUAAUGAAGACAUGGCUUAGGGCAAUGGGUGGGCAAGCUCCCCAGGUCAUAAUCUCUGAUCAAGGCAAAACCUUGAAAUCUGCAAUUGAAGAAGUCUUUCCAAAUACACGUCAUUGCUUUUCUCUUUGGAGUAUAUGGGAGAAAAUACCUGAAACUCUUGCUCAUGUAAUCAAACGGCACGAGAAUUUCGUGUCAAAAUUCCAGAAGUGCAUAUUUAAAUCAUGGACCGAUGAGCAAUUUGACAUGAGAUGGUGGAAAAUGGUGACUCGUUUUGAACUUCAAGAUGAUGAAUGGGUUCAGUCACUGUACGAAAAUCGUAAAAAAUGGGUGCCUACUUACAUGGGGGAUACUUUUUUGGCUGGAAUGUCUACUACUCAGCGUUCAGAAAGUAUAAACUCUUUCUUUGAUAAAUACAUCCAUAAGAAAAUUUCUUUAAAAGAGUUUGUGAAGCAGUACGGGAGUAUUCUACAAAAUCGGUAUGAAGAGGAAGCCAUAGCAGAUUUUGAUACAUGGCAUAAACAACCUGCUCUGAAAUCUCCAUCACCUUGGGAAAAGCAAAUGUCAACAGUUUACACACAUACAAUUUUUAAGAAGUUCCAAGUUGAGGUUUUGGGUGUAGUUGGAUGCCAUCCUAAAAAGGAAUGUGAAGAUGGAACAAUUGUAACAUACAAAGUUCAAGACUGUGAAAAAAAUGAAGAUUUUAUGGUGACGUUGAAUGAAUCAAAGUUAGAGGUUUCUUGUUUCUGUCAUCUGUUUGAAUACAAAGGUUUCCUUUGUAGACAUGCAAUGAUUGUGCUCCAAAUUUGUGGUCUCCCAAGUAUCCCACCUCAUUACAUUUUGAAUAGGUGGACAAAAGAUGCAAAGAAUAGGCAGUUGGUAGCUGAAGGCAUGGAACUAUUGCAGACCAGGGUGCAGCGUUACAAUGAUUUGUGUAAAAGAGCCAUUAACUUGAGCGAACAGGGAUCAUUAUCCCAAGAGAAUUACAACAUUGUUUUCCGUGCGUUAGUUGAUGGACUGAAGAAUUGUGUGAAUGUGAACAACUCUAAUAAUACUGUCAUGGAAUAUAAUAACCAUACUCUAGGUCUUCGAGAAGCAGAAGAAAUAAAUCAAGGAAGCCUUACUACGAAGUCAAAUAAGAAAAAGAAUACAAUUAGGAAAAGAAAGGUACAAUCAGAGCCAGAUGUCUUGCUUGUUGAUGCACAAGAAAGCUUGCAGCAGCAAAUGGAAACACUAACUGCUGAUGGGAUAACCCUUAAUGGUUUUUAUGGUGCUCAACAGAAUGUACAAGGACUGGUACAGUUAAAUCUAAUGGAGCCACCCCAUGAUGGUUACUAUGUUAAUCAACAGAACAUGCCAGGGCUGGGGCAAUUGACUUCAAUGGCACCCCAUGAUGGUUUUUUUGGGACUCAGCACAGCAUGCAUGGGCUGGGUCAAUUGGAUUUCCGACCUCCAACCAGUUUCAGUUAUAGUCUGUCGGUUGGUAUCGAAGAUAAGGAUGAUCCCCAUCUGAGAUCAACACAGUUGCAUGGCAGUACUUCAAGACAUCCAUGACCAUGCUGAUAUACAGUUGCCUCAUGGACUUGAAUAACAUCUGACCUGGGAGUGAAACUGAAAGUCUGAAUAACGUCUGGGUAGCAGAAUAUCGACACUAUUACCAUAGUGAACCAAAAUUUUAAUAUCUAACUCAUAGAUAGAAGGCUUCCUUGUCAAUUUUACUGCAGAAAGUUGCUGUCUGGAACUUAACCAAGCUAUAUCAACCCUGCAUUUCCAGAAAAAAUCAGCAAUACAAGGAAUCUUGUUGUUGGGUCACCAUUGAUAAUAGUUCUGCCAUGAUCUGUGUGUAAAUGGUAUGUGUAUUUGAGUUAUGUUUGGUUAUGAUGGUGAUGUGGUAUAUUAUACAUGUACACUAAUCAGAACCCUGUUCUCUCUGAACUCUCUUCUUUGUUUCUGAAGUGUAUUUUGUUUUGGUGCAGGGAAUUUAUUGUUUAGCAAUGCAGAAAUAUUUAUACUUCUA